ACCGGAAAGGUUCUCCCCUGCGCGAGUCAGUCAACCUGGAAAGCAGAGUCCAAAUGCCAACUGCGACGCUAUGGUGGAUGAUGAUGAUGAUUCAAAGUACAGAAACAAAGAUUAGUAGAUUAAUGACUUGAAGCCUCGGGAAUUCAAGCCUUAUUAAAUCCAUUUCCCAGUCGCUGCGGCAUUUCUUCUGCGUCACAGGUUGGACUGGUGGCUCGGAUAAGAAGACGACCAAAUGGCUGAAGAUUAGAGAGCACAGAUUCAAGUCAAUUUGAUGCAGCGUUUUGAGGUUUAGGAUCAGUGCCAUGAGAUUUUGCUUGCCUUGUGAUGAUUGGAAGAGCAGUCUCUCCUUGAGGAUUGUGGUUUCGAUGCUGCAAGCAUGUGGGUUCGUCCCUGUGAUUGGGCUGGAGCGCAGCUGAAACGAGGAGGAGAGACAGAGAUGCUUCGUUUCCAGCGAACGCGCCACCGUCUUCUCUUGUUGUCCUUCUUGGUCUUCCUCGCGGACACGGUGGUUGCCGUCGGAUUGGUUGUCUCUGCACAAGCAGCCAAGGACUGCGAACGAGCCUGCGGCUCCUACGCGGCCCCGUAUCCCUUCGGCUUCUCCGAUGGAUGCCCCAUCCACCUCGGCUGUUCCAAUCUCCCGAAACCCACGAUCCGGAUCGGAGAAUUCACGGUGCGGAACGUCACAGACGACGGCCUCUUGGUCGACGUCCCACCGGCGUGCAACCGCUCCGUCCACGCUGCCAGGAGCCUCUUCGGCAACAACUACGCGCUGAGCUGGAGGAACGUACUGUUUCUCCGCAACUGCACGCCCACGGCAGGCAAGAGCUUGACAGAGAGAUGCAGCGUCGACACCAUCCUGAUCGACGGCAGCUGCGGGCCUGUAUAUGACAACGCCACCUGCCUCUACAAUGCGACCAAGGAAGGUUUCUUCAACGCCGACAGCAUCGCCGCCUCCGGCUGCGGAUUCCUCUUCACGACCAUUGGCAUCAAGGACCCGGGCGGCGUCUCGGUGCCGUCGCUGGACCUCAGCACGGCGGAGCUGGCGUGGUGGCUCGAGGGAACGUGUCGAUGCGCGGCCGACGCGAAUUGCACGACCGUUACAUCCCCGGUGACCCAUCGGCCGGGAUUCCGGUGCGGCUGCUCGGAGGGGUUCCAAGGGGACGGGUUCAUCGACGGCACAGGUUGCCGAAGAGUGUCUGAUCCCAAUCAAAAAUGCAAUCCAACAAAGUACAUGACAGGUGGCUGCGGUGGAACCACCAGCAGAUAUGGUUUUCUCGCUGGAGGCAUCAUAGCUGGAGCCUCUGCAAUGGCUGCCUUGGCUGCCGUUUGCUGGUGGAUCAAACGUCACUCCUCCUUGACGAGGAAGCGGAAGAGCAUGAGACGCCUGCUCUCCGAGGCAUCGUGCGCCGUUCCCCUCUACUCCUACAAGGACAUGGAGAAGGCCACCGGCGGCUUCUCGGCGGACCACAUCCUGGGCACCGGUGCUUUCGGCACCGUGUACGCCGGCAUGUUCAGCCACGACAGGCUCGUGGCGGUGAAGAAGAUCAAGAACCUUAACAACGACAGCAUCGAGCAGGUGAUGAACGAGAUCAGGCUGCUCUCCUCGGUGAGCCACCCCAACCUCGUCCGCCUCCUGGGAUGUUGCGUGGAGCAAAGAGAGCAGAUCCUCGUGUACGAGUACAUGCCCCACGGCACCUUGGCACAGCACCUACAGCGGGUGCGGGGGCCGGUGCUGCCUUGGACCGUUCGCCUCACCAUCGCCGCCGAGACCGCUAAGGCCAUCGCCUACCUCCACUCGGCCGUCCAUCCUCCCAUCUACCACCGGGAUAUCAAGUCCAGCAACAUACUGCUGGAUCACAGAUUCAACCCCAAGGUUGCAGACUUCGGCCUGUCGAGGAUGGGCAUGACGGAGAUGUCGCACAUCUCGACGGCGCCGCAGGGGACCCCCGGCUACGUGGACCCGCAGUACCACCAGAACUUCCAACUCUCCGACAAGAGCGACGUCUACAGCUUCGGCGUCGUGCUGACGGAGAUCAUCACGGCGCUGAAGGCUGUGGACUUCAGCAGGGCGCAGAGCGAGGUGUUCUUGGCGGCGCUCGCGGUGGACAGGAUCGGCAAAGGCUGCAUCGACGACAUAAUCGACCCUCACCUUGCCCCGCACAGAGAUCCACGGACGCUGGCUUCCAUUCACAAGGUGGCCGAGCUGGCGUUUAGAUGCCUUGCCUUCCACAGGGACAUGCGGCCGUCCAUGACGGAGGUGGCGGACGAGCUCGAACAGAUAAGGCUCAGCGGGUGGGUACCCACCGACGACAGCAUGUUCCUGUCGAAGUCGUCCUCCUCGUGCUCGUCCCCGUCGAGCUGCAACGAGAAGCCGCGCGCGACGUCGAAGAGUAGGAGGUUGGCGUCGGUGAGCAGCAGGGGAGAGGAAGUGAAGGGAGGAUCCCCUGUUUCAGUGCAGGAGCCAUGGUUCAGCGAUCGGAGCUCUCUCUCCGAGAACAACCUGUUGGGCAACGCAAUCCAUUGAUCUGCCAUGCUCUUUCGUCCAUCUGUACUGAAAACACACACUUUGGAGUUGAACACGCACUGUCUCUAUACAGAAGUGGCAACAAUUUCCAUGUUCUCUUCGUCA